AAACAUUACAUAAGUUUAAUUUUAUGCAUUGUUAAAGAAUUUAUGGACACUAGUGUAGAAUCUGUUUGAAAAAGAGUUAGUACCUGUAAGAAAUAACAUAUGUGAAUGCAUUUUUAAAAGCAUUAUCACUAGUCAUUGCAAAUACACAAAAUACCUACAUGUAUGUAGAUCGAAUCAGGUAUUUAUGUUUAUAUGAAUAAAAUAUAUUUUAAUCCAUACAUUUGAAUGCAAAAAAUAGGUUUUAUUUCAUUUUUGUUGUUGUUGAUACAUGCAUGUUUCUUUCAAAUGAAAUUUUAUGUAACUAUGCAUGAUGAAAAUUUACACAUUGACAUUAUGUGCAAACAAUUAAAAAAAUUUAUGCAAGCAAAAGUUGUUGUGUAGGAAAUUAAUCUACAGAUACAUGAAGAUAAAAAAAUAAACAGGAUUUGGUCAGUUGUUUAAGCAUUUGUGACUUUGACAGUUUCUUGAUAUCUGUCUUCACUGAAUUGUCAUUAUCAAGCAAUAUUAAUUAAUUAAUUAAUUAAUUAAAUUGGAAUACAAUGAACACACUGAUAUUUUGACGCCAGCGAGUUUCAGUGUGUUAAAUGUUCAGUGUCACUAUGCAUAUAGUUCUAACACUGUCAGUAAUAGUGAUUGACAAGGUGUGAAAUUGUAUAAAUACUGCAAAUAAUUAUUUAAAUUUAACAGUCUAAGCUUUGGGGGUGCGUGGAUAAAGACAUACGUUGGUGACUAUUAAUGUCCUUGUAUUUUUUUGUUGUUGUAUAUUUGUGCUAAUGGAUUUAAAUUUGAAUGUAAAUGAGUGUUUUAUAUCUGGCGAUGCCGAAUUAAUGCUGGAAAUGUCUUGUGGCCAAGAAUGUUUAGUUUUUCAAGAUAUGAACACUUUUCGACACAGUACGCCGAAAGAAGCUGCAAGCCGAUUUCAUGGAAAACAUGGUAGUGUUGUGCAAAAUGGAUUAUUUUCACAAAGCAAGUCUAAGGAAAAUAUCUGCGUGAAGAAUGUGAAAUGUACACAUGAAUUUUUACAGCGCAGAAAAGAGGAAACCAUUCACAGUACGCCUAAAUUUAACAACGAUUUAACAAAUAUUGGAAGUGAGAAAAGUAAAAAUUUAGAAACAUUGAUAGAAAUCAAAAAGUCCAAUCAUCGUGCAGUAUUGAAGACAGCUCGAAUCUUACACGGGACCCCAAAAGAAUCCGGAAAUAAAUUAAUGACUAGAUGUCAGGCAAUCCUAAAAGAAGGCGAUUUUUGUCACAGUACACCUAAAGAAAUGGAAAUUCAACCGAGGAAGAAAUGUGACGUCUUUGCAGAAAAAGGAAAAAUGAGACACAGUACACCAAAAGAAGCGAUUGACGUCACAGAAGAAGUGGAUGAGGAUAUGUUAUGGACUGGUGCCUCGGCAAAAGUUCUUCAACGUGCCAUUUCUGCUCCACAGCUUCCGGGAAAUUCCGAAUUUGAUUCAAACAAUUUGCAUCGCGUGAUGUCACUUCCGCAUUUAUGGAUUCCAAGACAAAGUACUCAAGUACAGCAUUGGCAACGACGUUUGGAAGUGCUAAACCGUAAAACGGAGAAGAUGCGACAGAAGGAUAAAGCAUUGAAAGAUAGACUCGAGAGAAUUCAGAAACGUGCCGACUUGUUGACGAGUAGUCCCAUACCUACGCCUGUAAAGGAACCACAGUCACGAACAGCGUGCUUGAAUAAGUAUUUCAAUAAUUAUAAUGCUAAAUCGAACACCAUCCGAAAUGUGCCAAAGAUCAAGAAGCAAGUGGUUCAUCAUCCAAACAAUGUUUAUUCGUGCACUCUUGGAAACCUUAUUAUUGGGCGUUCGGAACUUCACACCUACUGGAAGAAUGGACAAAAAUGUACCUAUGUUUAAGUAUCAAUACUUGUAAUUCGACAUGUUAAAAGUAACAAUUUGUACAUAAAAUUUUUGCCAAUAUACAUAGAAACUUGGCUAAUUGUUAAUAAAUUUAUUUGUACAUAUUUCUAUACAUGCUGGUGUAAAUAUGGUAAAAUUGUAUAUAACAAAAAUGCAAUGCAUUAUUUUGAAUAAUUGAAGAUGUACAGAUUAUACAACAAUUCUGCGUUUAUGUUAGUACUUUUACUUACUAUGCACUUAAUGUGUAAGAUCGA